AUGUCUAAUCAUUAUAUUACCCGUGCUGUUCACUCACUGAGCCACGCUGAAACGUUCAGUGAAGCUCUCAAGGCCAUCAACGACGCAAUACUCUCUAUCUAUGACUCCUCGGAUACGCUCUUCGUCAUUGUGUAUGAAGGCCAUUCGAAUGCGUACUAUGACAUACCCAAUGCCUGUGUUAGUAUUAUGGGCUCGGCAAGAGAACCUACGGUUUCUUUGCCUUGGGGCUUUGUGGAGACCGCGCUGGCCUUUACAGAUGGAGAUGUCAUCUUUAUCCUGGACUCGCCGUUCCCAUCUAGGGCGGCAUUAAACUGUGAAGAUAUUGAGUACCUUGUGGUCUCGGCAUUCAGAUCACCAGCAGCCAGGGGCAUCGAUGUUUCCCUAACGAGGCGACUCAUUGACCUACUGAAUCAAGUGGAUACUGAAAUCACUUUAUCACAAAUACACGCCAAGCUCACCGUGCAUGCAAACCGUCCAGACAGCCAACUGGGACUUAUCCCUGUACAUUUCCCCGCCAAGUACAAGCCAUCCAUCACUCUUCGUCCUCUGGGAGCGCGCCCAAGGCAGCUUAGAGGUCUCCGAAAGGCAGAUGACUUGUCAGAUGGUAAGGUGUUGGUUACUGUUCGGAUCUCAGACACGACCAGUGUGCCGGAUAUAGUCGAGCAAUGCAUCCAGUGCUUAUCAGAAUCGAUCGCGGAGGAUGUGGCAGAUAUCAAGAUUGAAGGUGUCUUCAAGUUCAGUCCAGACUCAUCCUUGUUACUGCUUACAAUGCCAACUGCUGUUUGGAGCAUGCUUCGUCAUAAUCACUCCUUUGACUUCGUCGGUGUCGUCCAGUCACAUAAUCUACUUUCUCACAGGUCGACUAGUACUACUCAACCCCUGCCUCUUGCUAGUGGGAAUUCUGACUUACCCUACCGGGGCAAGAACUGAUAUUUUCAUUGAUUGUUUUAUUUUUUAUUUAUUUAUU